UAUCACAACACCGGGCAGCCGCUCGCAGGAAAGCGCAGGACAUGAAUCCCUCCCGUUGUCCUCUGGUUCUGUUAUUGUGACGUUGAAACUAUUCUUGUGUGAUAGUUGUUUCGAUACAGCCCGCACUUUCUUGAUAAGAAUGAGCACGAUGUCUCUGUGAUGUGUCAAAGAAUGAAAACCCCUGCUCUGCCACUAUGGUUGUAGAUAGCACCAUGCUGGAUAAAGCCAGUGAUAAAGGCCAGCAGACUGGGCACUGCUCAGACUGUGGGUGCAGUUUCAGCCUACCACAGCCUGACCCUGACCCUGAUCAAGCCAGCGACUCUUCCCCUCCUAAACAGCAGCGUGUGCUCAAAGAAGACACUCCCUCCAAAUGUCCCUCCUGCCAGGCGGGCAGCAGCCUCCCUAAUGGUCGACGGCCACACCGGCGUAUACGCCUGGACCCUCACAGCUGCAGCCUGUGCAAUAAAACCUUCAUCUCCUCUGCCCACCUGACCCUUCACCUCACCUCUCACAACAAGGAGAGGAAGUUCAGAUGCAGCACUUGUGGAAAGUACUUUCAUCAGUCCGCCCACCUGAUGGCACACAAGAUAAUCCACAGCGGGGACAGGCCAUUUAAAUGCCCCGAGUGUGGUAAGACGUUCGGCCGUGCCUCUCAUCUGAAGACCCACCGCCGGCUCCACACAGGCGAGAAGCCCUUCAAGUGCACCUACUGUAACAAGUCGUUCACCCAGAAAGCUGGGCUCCUGGCACACGUUCGUCUACACACAGGGGAGCAGCCAUACAAGUGUGAGCAGUGUGGGGAGGGUUUUCGCUCUUUGCCACUCCUGCUCUCUCACAAAGCUGCAGAAUCCUCUGGACAGGCCAAACCGGUGUCUGCUCCAGCACUAAACCAGCCCCAGACAACACAAGGUAGCCCAGAGGAUCUGAAGUGUGGUGUCUGUUGCCGCACCUUUGUUCGAUCAUCGUACAUCAGGCUGCACAUACGCCUCAAGAAAGGACAGCGACCUUAUCACUGCAAAGUGUGCAACAAGACCUUUGUCAAGCUGGACACGUUUGUUAACCACUGUGAUAAACACUUGAGGCAGAAAAAGGAUAAAAGCAAGGAGGUUAAAGUAAAAGUUGUUAAACCUCCCCUGUUUGUUCCACUCUCCAGGCCUCCUUCUCCUGAAUCCAUAGCUGCUCAGCCUUUAUCCUCAGAGGUCAACACGCGCUCCAGAUCAAAAGCAAAGAGUAAAACAGAGCAAUGACCAAGAAGGGUGCAUCCACUGACAUAAAAAUGGUCUUUAAUUAAGAAAUGUGUUAUGACAGUUCUGCCACUGCACAUAAUAACAAAUGCAGGACAGUAGUGGCAUGUCCCCCAAACAUAGCAAUGUGAGUUUACUAAUUGUACAGUUAUUUUAUUUGGAAUAAUUAAUUUUAUUGUGGACAAUUCAUUAUUGUAAAUUAUUGUUUUUAAUGUAUACUUAGCUAUAAUUAGCUCUUAAGGCUAAUUGAUAUUUGUAACAGUGAUAUUUCAGUGACAUACGAUGCUCACUCUAAUCUUAAUAUAGAAAAGAAUAUGAUAUCUCUAACCAUUGUACUUCAUGGUUAAACUGUUGUUUUCUUAAAUCCAUAAGUCUAUUGGCAUGUAUAGCACUUGUACAAAUUACAGACAAUGCAAACUAAAUGUCUAUUGUGGAACAAUAUGCACAUAGAAUAAAAAUAAACACUAAAACAUA